AUGGAUGAUGAAAGAGAAUGCAAGAGCCGCAAAAUACAGGCUGCCACCAAGAGUCCCGGGCAUCCCAAUAUUUGGGAACACAUUCCAACUUCCACCACUGAAGCAGGGAUUAUGGGAGUUGAGACGGCAAAGAAAUAUGGCGAGAUGUUCACUUGCAGUAUUGGAGGGAAAACAUGGGUGUUCUUAAACUCAUCGCGUGUUGUCAAUGAUCUGAUGGAGAAGAGGUCUGCCAUAUACUCGUCCCGACAGUAUAUGCCCAUGGCGUCCGGUGUGAUAUCUGGAGGCAACCGAAUACUGCUAAUGCCCUAUGGCGAGCGAUGGCGCACACUCCGAAAAAUCAUGCACUCCAUCCUCAACAAGCAAAACGCACCUGUUUUUGCACCUUUCCAGGAUGUCGAAUCUAAACAUCUGCUCUACGAUUUUCUGCAUCACCCGGAGCUAUGGUACUCAGCAACACAGCGCUUCGCCAAUUCCGUCAUAAUGAGUGUGGUUUUCGGCAAGCGGAUGGAGCUGGAGGAUCCGAAGAUUCGGGAACUUUUCGAUACAUCCAACGCCACCAUCGACGCCUUUCAACCGUCAGCAAAUCUUGUAGACUCCCUCACCUUCCUCGAGAAACUCCCAAAGUCUCUUCAGUGGUGGAGGCCGCGAGGAGAAGCAAUGUUUCAGAAAACGGUCAAUAUCUACAAGCGCGAAGUCGACGAACUGGAACAGAAAAUGAGGAAAUGA